UGUCUGAUAACAGGUGUUCGAAAUAAAUCUGAAAACAAGACUAAUUACUACGUCCCAUUAACCCCCCCUACUCGACCUGAUGCUCCGAACCCACAUUGGGACCCACUUCAUCUCCCCCUUCGCAGUCAUGCACAUUUCGAACAUGUGUUGCAGGAGAUAGACGAAGCGGAGACUGCUGCGGAGAAGGAGAGGAUCGGCAAGAAAAAUGGCCUCCGUGCAGGCCAUCUUCAUCUCUCCGACAGGUGGCGAGUAGGGUCGAUUGACUUCGCCAAGUCCUUUCCAUGGGAAUGGAUGCACGUCUUCCUUGAGAAUAUUGCCCCGAUGCUCGUCAAGCACUGGACUGGCAAAUUCAAGGGUAUGGAUACUGGAAAAGAAGACUAUCAGAUAGCUGAUCAUAUAUGGGCCGAAAUUGGAGAGGAAACAGCCGCUGCGGUUGCAAACAUUCCCGCUGCAUUUGUCCGAGUCCUCGGCAAUAUUGCAGAUGAUCACUCGAGCUUCACAGCUGAAUCAUGGUCAUUCUGGAUCAUUUACCUUGCCCCAACACUCCUGCGCAGUCGCUUUCCGAAUGCAAAAUACCACAAGCACCUUUGUGAGUUGGUGUGGAUCAUGAAAAAAACGCUACAGUUUUCGAUCACACAUGCAGAGAUUGAUGAAUUGGAACGGCGAAUUGCAAACUGGGUGGUCAAGUAUGAAAAGUACUACUAUCAGCACGACGAGUCAAGAUUACCAGCCUGCACCCUUCCUGUUCACGGAAUGCUUCAUAUUGCUGAUGACAUUCGUCGAUGCGGACCUGUGUGGACCACGUGGACAUUUUUCCUGGAGCGCUAUUGUCAAAAAUUCAAAACAGCGCUGAAGUCAAGAGUUCAGCCUUGGGGAAACCUCAACAAAGAAGUCUUAUAUACGGCAUACCUUCAGCAAGUGGUCCUUCGGUAUGACGUCCAAGAGGAAGUGUCUCUAAGUAUCCGACGAGAUUGGUCCCAGCUCACAACGCAUGAGACUGUUAUUAAAGACUACAACGACUAUGUUCUCCGGCCCCCUCGAGUGAUGUCAUAUAGUCCUGACCACAAUGAGCGGGCGAAAGUUGCGUUAUAUAUCAAGCAACUCAUUGGCGGAAGGCACACGGUAAUCCUCGCAAAUCUCCCUAAUGUUAUGGCGCUCUGGAAAAAAGUUCGUAUUCAAAACGGCGGAGACAGUAUUCGGACGCACAUUGCCAACAAGAGGUCCACAAAGCAAAGAACCUCCUCAUAUGUUCGAUACGAACUCGAAUACGAAGACCACAUAAACGGAACUCUUCAAGUAGUUCGGUUGGUGCAGUAUGGUCGUCUCGAGAAGAUACUAGUUUGCCCAUUGUCAAACAACACUCAGUGGCUAGGGCUCGCUGGCAAGACUCUUCUGCUCGCCCUCAUUCGACCAUGCCAGACUGGAGGCAGAGAUGCUACCAAGGAGGAAACACGUUAUUCAAGAAACCUUGCUAGCAUUAUCACCGACUUGCGAAAUGUCAAAGGAGUUGUGGGAAGGGUUGAAAGUCGUGGGGAAUGGACUAUCAUUGACCGCAGAAGCAAUUUCGCAAAACCAGCCUUCGAUGGUGCUGGGUAUAUUACAGAUGAAAGUGAGGCGGAGUAGAUGUACGGCUGCAGCAACAGCAUAAGACAAAGGGCCGGUAAUGAAAUUGUUUCCUUCUACCACUCCGGCUUGGAGGAAUAUCAGCUGAAGACUGUCAAAACAUGACACAUUCCUGGAGUCCUCGGUUCAAUAG